AGUAUAACAUAACGAUGAAUAUCAAAGUAAUCGUUGGGGCAUUGCUAAUCGGUGUAUUACUCCCGCACAUGGAUGCAGCACGUAGUAAGAGUGGCCGAAAGAAGACAAGCGAUCGAGAUGAUACUUCAGAACUUACUGCUUCGUCUUCUUCAAGAAAUGAUGACGGAGACAGACAUAAAGAAGACAGAGGACAUGAACACGAACUUCAUGUUCAUAAGGCAGGAGACAAGCAAGACAGAAGAUACAGUAGCAGUAGCAGCAGUGAAGAGGAUGAUAAGGAUGGAAAGAAUGAGACGACAAUUAAUUUCGUUCCUAGAAUACAUCGAAAGAGAGAAUCAAAAUUUAUAGAAGAACGACACAUCAAAUAACCACCUAUGGUAUCGCUCUGAUAAAUCCAAUGAUUGAGUUCUAAGAUCAUUGUUGAUCCCAAAUCAAAUUCUCAAGUUAUUUAUCCAAAGUGUUAAUAUUCUUCUCGCAUUUACAAUGUAUACUGCGAAUUGUUCUAUGAAUAAUUAGUAAACGGUUGAUUCUGC